GCAAAUCAAGGACGGCGUCAUGUGAUUCGGAAACUUUUCAACGCUGAAAACCCGCUUGUGGUCUAAUUGAGCGUCCGGCAGCAGGUGGAUGAAGUCCUAUGUGAAGUGCAUAUGACAAUGACUUCUUUUGUCAGCUUGGGUUGCAGCCUCUGCCUUCUUCUAGGUUGCAGCUUCUCAGCGGGCCUGGAGGUCAAAGUGGGGUCGGAUGUUACCCUAACGUGCGUCUACAACUCUGGGUACUAUGGCAAGCUGUCAACGUGCUGGGGACGAGGGCCGAUCCCGAACAGAGGCUGUGCAAAUCAACUCAUCCAGACCGAUGGAACGACGGUGACCAGCAGACUAUCUGAGCGUUACCUGCUUAUGGGUAAUAUCGGCGAGGGCGACGUGUCGCUGACCAUCAGACAGGUUGAAGAGAGAGACACCGGGACGUACGGCUGCCGUGUGGAAGUCCCAGGCUGGUUCAACGAUCGCAAACAUCAGAUCACCCUGACGGUGGUACCAGCGCGCCCUGAUGCUCUCAUGGUGGAAAUGCAGGAGGUGGGGAAAAGGAGUCUCACUGUCAGCUGGUCUCAGGUGUUUGACGGGGGAAGGCCCAUCACGUCAUACAGGAUCGACAUCAAGCGCCAAGAUGAUCCGUGGGAUUCUGCGGUGACGACCGAGGUGUCCAAUCCAAACUUGACACGGGUCUCUCUGGUGGACCUACACCCUGCUAGAAACUACAACCUCUGCAUGUAUGCCGUUAACAUUUUAGGCAUGAGUGAGCCCAGUAACGUUCUUAAAGUCACCACCAAAGAAGCAGCACCGGACGGUCCACCCUUGGACAUGCAACUCCUUGCUCUCUCAUCUACAAGCAUUAGAGUCGCUUGGAAGCCUCCGAGCACUGAUCUGAGAAAUGGGGUUCUGCAAAGUUACAGCAUCAGCUACAGAGAGUACGACCCUGUGAGCAGACAAUUAAAACGGUGGCAAAACCAACGUGUCAGGGCCACACGGGAACAGGAGACCCUCAUCCUGACUGGACUGAAGCCUUCCACCAAGUACGGGGUGAUCAUACAGGCUUUGACCAACGCGGGAAUUGGACCUGCCUCAACUCUACCCUUCGUCUCGACGCUAGAUGAGGUUGUCCAAACUUCAACUCAGGCAACAAUCAACACACCCUUUACUGUCAUAUGGAGCAUUGAAGAUACCACCAGGUUUAUCCAAGAUCACACGACUUCCGUGACAGAUUUGGUUCAUGGCAGCACAACCUGGCAACAAAGCUCUACAAGUUUCUCUUCAGAGUCCCCAGAUCCUCCUGUUGUUGAGUUAAAAGAGGUCCAAGACAAUGCGGUUUCUCUUUCCUGGACUGCUGGGUUUGAAGGAGGCGCCCCCAUUACCGGAUAUUUUCUUGAGUAUAAAGCAGUGAAUGGCUCAUGGGACUUUAAAAAGACAGUAGUAGACUUCAGCUCCAACCAGACAGAGGCCACCAUCAUCGAGAUAAAUCCCUCCAUGUACAACAUCCGCAUGUUUGCCACAAACAGUCACGGCACCAGUAAAGCCAGCAAUAUCCUCACCUUCACAACUGGAGAGAAAGGUCCCCAAAAGGGUGCCGUCGCUACGGCCACAUCGAUUGACACUCAGGCUGCAACAAGCACGGUGGAUGAGGCUCCAAGUGGUCGCCUCGUUGCCAUCGUUGUUCCAGUUGUGCUGCUGAUGCUGUUCAUCGUCGCCAUAGUAACUGUGUGGCAACUAAGACGGCUCAAGGGGAAGAAGGGCAACCUCAACAUGUGGCUGAGCAAUGGAGCGAUACUUUACAGAAGCUCUGACUCCACGCAGGAGCUGUGAGGUCCUGUAUCUUUACGGGACAAUAAAAAGCAUUAAAAAAAGUAACGUACUAAACUAAGAUCCAGUUUGACAGCUAAAAACGAUAAAAAGCCCACAGGUCUGACAUGACUUUACACCCAUCCAUCCAUCCAUUUUCUACCGCUUAUUCCCUUUCGGGGUCGCGGGGAGCGCUGGCGCCUAUCUCAGCUACAAUCGGGCGGAAGGCAGGGUACACCCUGGACAAGUCGCCACCUCAUCGCAGGGCCAACACAGAUAGACAGACAACAUUCACACACUAGGGCCAAUUUUAGUGUUGCCAAUCAACCUAUCCCCAGGUGCAUGUCUUUGGAAGUGGGAGGAAGCCGGAGUACCCGGAGGGAACCCACGCAUUCACGGGGAGAACAUGCAAACUCCACACAGAAAGAUCCCGAGCCUGGAUUUGAACCCAGGACUGCAGGAACUUUGUAUUGUGAGGCAGACGCACUAACCCCUCUGCCACCGUGAAGCCCUGACACCACGUCCACAGUUUCCAAAUAUAAUUUGAAAUGUGGACUCGUCAGACUUCAGAACACUUUUCCACUUUGCAUCAGUCCAUCAUGGAUGAUCUCGGGCCCAGCGUAGCCGGCGGUGUUUCUGGGUAUUGUUGAUAAAUGGGUUUUGCUUUGCAUAGUAGAGUUUUAACUUGCACUUACAGAUGUAGCGACCAACUGUAGUUACUGACAGUGGUUUUAUGAAGUGUUCCUGAGCCCAUGUGGUGAUAUCCUUUACACACUGAUGUCGUUUUUCUGAUGCAGUACAACCUGAGGGAUCAAAGGUCUGUAAUAUCAUCGCUUAUGUGCAGUGGUUUCUCCAGAUUCUCUGAACCUUUUGAUGAUUUUACGGACCGCAGAUGGUAAAAUACCUAAAUUCCUUGCAAUAGCUCGUUGAGAAAUGUUGUUCUAAAACUGUUCGACAAUUUGCUUACAAAGUGGUGACCCUCACCCCAUCCUUGUUUGUGAAUUACUUAGCAUUUCAUGGAAGCUGUUUUUAUAGCCAAUCACGGCACCCACCUGUUCCCAAUUAGCCUGCACACCUGUGGGAUGUUCCAAAUAAGUGUUUGAUGAGCAUUCCUCAACUUUAUCACUAUUUAUUGCCACCUUUCCCAACUUCUUUGUCACGUGUUGCUGGUAUCAAAUUCUAAAGUUAAUGAUUAUUUGCAAACAAAAAAAUGUUUAUCAGUUUGAACAUCAAAUAUGUUGUCUUUGUAGCAUAUUCAACUGAAUAUGGGUUGAAAAUGAUUUGCAAAUCGUUGUAUUCUGUUUAUAUUUACAUCUAACACAAAUCCCAACUCAAAUGGAAACGGGGUUUGUAAAUUUGUUCUAUUCUGUAUUUUCUUCCCUCAACACAUGCUGACUGGGUCAAAUGCUCUCUCCUUCUGCAGGUGGCUGAGCAAUGGAGCGAUACUUUACAGAAGCUCUGACUCCACGCAGGAGCUGUGAGGUCCUGUAUCUUUACGGGACAAUAAAAAGCAUUUAAAAAAGUAACGUACUAAACUAAGAUCCAGUUUGACAGCUAAAAACGAUAAAAAGCCCACAGGUCUGACAUGACUUUACACUCAUGUCCUUAUACAAAACCCCAAACCAGUGAAGUUGGAAUGUUCUAUAAAUCGUAAAUAAAAACUGAAUACAAUGAUUUGCAAACCCAUUUCAACUUCAAUUGAAUAGACUGCAAAGUCAAGAUACUUAACAAUCGAACUGGUAAACUUUGUUAUUUUUUGCAAAUAUUAGCUCAUUUGGAAUUUGAUGCCUGAAACAUGUUUCAAACAAGCUGGCACAAGUGGCAAAAAAGACUGAGAAAGUUGAGGAAUGCUCAUCAAACGCUUAUUGGGAGCAUCCCACAGGUGAGCAGGUUAAUUGGGAACAGGUGGGUGCCUUGAUUGGCUAUAAAAGCAGCUUCCGUGAAAUUCUGAGUCAUUAACAAACACGGAUGGGGCGAGAGUCACCGCUUUGUGAACAAAUGCAUGAGCAAAUUGUCGAACAGUUUACGAACAUUUCUCAACGAACUGAUGUAAGGAAUGUCGGGAUUUCACCAUCUGUGAAUUGUGAAUUAUAUUUAUAUAGCGCUUUUCUCUAGUGACUAAAAGUGCUUUACAUAGUGAAACCCAAUAUCUAAGUUACAUUUAAACCAGUGUGGGUGGCACUGGGAGCACGUGGGUUAAGUGUCUUGCCCAAGGACACAACGGCAGUGACUAGGAUGGCGGAAGCGGGAAUCGAACCUGCAACCCUCAAGUUGCUGGCACGGCCACUCUACCAACCGAGCUAUACCACCUACGGUCUGCAAUAUCAAAAAGUUAAGAGAAAUUGAAGACAUCACUGCACGUAAGUGGCAAGGCAUCAAAAAGUGACAUCAGUGUGUAAAGCAUACCACCAUUUGGGCUCAGGAACACUUCAGAAAACCACUCUCAGUAACUACAGUCCGUCGCUACCUCUGUAAGUGCAAGUUAAAACUCUACUAUGCAAAUUCGAAAGCCAUUUAUCAACAACACCCAGACACGUCACCGGCUUCGCUGGGCCCGGGCUCAUCUAAGAUGGACUGAUGCAAAGUGGAAAACUGUUCUUUGGUCUGACGAGUCCACAUUUCAAAUGGUUUUUGGAAACUGUGGAUGUCACGUCCUCCAGAUCAAAGAGGAAAAGUUUGAACAUUAAAUAUCUCGUCUUUGAAGUCUAUUCAUAAGUUGAAAAGGAUUUGCAAAUCAUUGUAUUCUGUUUUUAUUCACGAUUUACACAAUGCGCCAACUUCACUGGUUUUGGGUUUUGAAUAUUUAGGUCCUGAAGUAUUUGGACAAUGAUAGUGUUUACUACUUGCCAUUUAAUCCACCAACACAGUAGAAAUAUAUAGAAACUAGGGCUGUCAGAUUUAACUCGAUUAGUCAUAGAAAUAUAUCAUAUUAAUCAUGUACAUACACAGAUUAAGCCCACAAUUUAUUUAAACCGCACGUGUGUUUUUACGUGUGUGGUUACUUCGGGAGGGGGAGUGGGUUGUCACAGUCAGUGAUCAGGUCAGUGCAUGCGUCGAUGAGUGAAGAGACCGUGGCAAAUUUCACUCCAAAAUACCAUACUCUACCAUACCUGCUUUAUUUAUAUAGACCUUUACACAUUGACUGGGCUUGAUAAUAUCCAAUGGGUACAAUGUUCAAUUAAAGCUGCAAGCAGCGUUGGUCGGGUCCGCCUUUGGCUGCUGCCGCCGCUACUCAAGCCCUGGUCUAAGUCAGAUCAACAUAGAGGUUUUUGUUUCAUGUCUCUACGACAUUCCUAACAGAAGUUACAUGCAGUUUUGUCUGGGUUUUUUCAUAGGGGGUGCUAGAGCACAAAUUAGAUUUUUAGGGUUUGGUUUUUUUUUAGAUGGCAAUUUUCGCCAGUCCUGAUGUGUGUGUAAAAUUUGGUGAGUUUUGAAGCAUGUUAAGGGGGUCAAAUUACAGAUCGUUUUUUGUGGAUGUUGUUGAUAAAUGGCUUUCGCUUUGCAUAGUAGAGCUUUAACUUGCACUUUGAAGCAUUUUAAGGGGGUCAAAUUACAGCUCAAAGAGGCAAAAAAUACAUUUUUUAGGAAACUUUGAGCAGGGGUUCUUUGAAGGCGCGUGAAAUCCAAACCGAAGCAGUAAUCAAAACUUUGUUCUAUACUUUUAAUCAGAAGGGUUCAAUCCCUCACCUGUGCGAGUUUGAAGCCGAAACGACAAACGCACUCGGAGGAGUUUACGUUUGAAAAAGGUGACGGGUUUUUACAAAACUUUUAUUUUGAAGGGGUAAUUUUUAACUUCCUGUUGAUUUUUGCCGAAGGAUGUCAAUUAUCUAAAUGUAGGUCUAAGUGAGACCUACAUAGAAGUUUUUGUUUCAUGUCUUUCCGGCAUUCCUACUGGAAGUUACAAGCAAUUUUGUUUGUGUUUUCUUCCUAGGAGCAGUUUUUGCUAUGUUUUAUUCAAAAAUUGGGCUAGAGCGCAAUUUUGAGUAUUGGGAUUUGGUUUUUUCAUUAGAUCGCAAUUUUCGCCAGUCCUGAUGUGUGUGCCAAAUUUGGUGAGUUUUGAAGAAUUUCAAGGGGGUCAAAUUACAGCUCAAAGAGGCAAAAAUAGCAUUUUUUGCAAAAAUUUUGCUUUGAAUGGGUUUUUGCUCAAUUUUUGUUGAUUUUUGCCCUAGAAGGUACAAUUAGGAAAUCUAGGUCUAAGUCAGCCCUAUAUAGAGGUUUUUGUUUCAUGUCUCUACGACAUUCCUAACGGAAGUUACAAGCAGUCUGGUUUUUUUUUUCCUAGGGGGCGCUAGCGCGCAAUUUUUAUUUUUCUGGUUUGGCUGCCUAAUAAGUUGGGAAGGCAUGCCAGACCGAUGUGUGUGUCAAAUUUGGUGAGUUUUGAAGCAUGUUAAGGGGGUCAAAUUACAGCGCAUAGGUGCGGAAUAAAGAAAGAAAGAAAGAAUAAUAAAACGCACCAGUUUCAAUAGGGUCCUUGGCCCAUGGCAAAGGACUCCACCCUAAUAAACAAUCUGUCCAUUAAAGUAAAACAUUUAAAAAUUCUUAAAUUAUUAUAUUUUAUCUGUAUUUUUAUUGGAGCAGUAAAAAAAUAAGUUAACUUACGCUAGAUGUAAUCAAAUAACAAAAAAAUAUCGUAUUCAGUACAGGCCAAAAGUUUGGACACACCUUCUCAUUCAAUGGGUUUUCUUUAUUUUGCAUUGUAGAUUGUCACUGAAGGCAUCAAAACUAUGAAUGAACACAUGUAUUUUGAAGAAACUACAAUAUAAAAGAUGUUUUAUAUUCUAGUUUCUUCAAAAUAGAAACUAGAAUAUAAAACAUGUUUUCACAAAAAAAGUGAAACCUCGUUUUAUAUUCUAGUUUCUUCAAAAUAGUGUCAAACAUGGACUUGGAUUUGUAUUGCUUCUUCCACGCAAAGGAAGAUUGGCACGAGCCAGACGAGAGUGUGAGUACAUAUUUAAUUAAUUUAACACUAUAAUUCAAAAACAGAAAAACAAAGGACGCGCACAUGGGCGGAGAACAAACUAGACUAUACUCAAACAAAAACAUCACAAUGGCAUUACUAUAUACAAACGAACAGAAGAUACUAGAUGUGGCACAAAACAAACCAAAAACUUAAAUGGUAUAGACUGAAUAACAAAGAGCGUGGCAAGGCAUAAAGGUAGAUGAGGGGACAGGUAGGUUUGUGGUCAUGAGGGUAGGUAGAGUUCAAAGUGUACAGAAACAGAAUGGCUUUAAAUAGUGACUAUGAUGAUGAUUAGUAACAGGUGUGAGGGUUGAGGACAGGGGCGUGACUUGAGACCAGGUGGAAAUUAAUGAGUAACUAUAGAAACAAAACCAACCAGGAAGUGCAAAACUCAAGAACGAAAUGUCCAAAAAAGCAGAACAUAACAUGACCAAAACAAACCACAGGCAUGAAAAAUAAAAACUAGAAUCUAAAAUAUGUUUCCACUUUUGAAAACAAAUGAUAAAUGUAUGCAUUAUCCUGUUAUAUCUCACAUUCUAUAUUGUCUUUUGGAAGGAGGUUGUCAUAAACGUUACUUAAUUCAUAAAAUAAAUACAAAAGAAAAAAAAAUGUUUAUGCAUAUGUAAAUGUAUUCAGUAAUAAACAUUAAUUCACUUUCUUCUUUCCUUCAAGGAUCUAAAUUUUACCGCUGCCGGUAUUUUUUUUUUACAGUUUUAAUGUAAUAUUUUCAGAAUGUGUUUGUUCUAUAUUUGGCCAAAUAAAACAAUCUGAAGUUGUCUUUA